AUGCUCCCACCACCCGUUCCAUCAUCUGCCGAAUCGAACUCGUCCAGCUCGAGCCGCACAAGGAAGCAAAGUGACGCCAAAAGCAUACUUGCGUCUAGCACAGCGUCAGCGUCACGCUUCUCGAGGAGGACUAAGCAAGAGAUUUUUGAGCGGAAUGGAGGCAUGAAAUGCUGGCAUUACGGUCGGUCAGCGCCAGAUAUUGCUCGUGUGAUAGGCAAGAGGGACAACUCGCUCAGCCACGAUACUGCCUCCGGUCUCUUGACCUUUGAUCGUCUCGGAGAUGAGCAAAACGGUCUUCCUCUCUGUCCCUCGUGCCACCGAGCGCUUGACGAUAUCAACCAACCGGGCUUCGUUUUCAUUUUUACGGAGCUAGAAUUUUUCAUCGAUUUUGAGCGCCAGGACUAUCAGAAUCGAAUUGAUACUGCGCAACAGCAAGGAGAUAUUCCUCCACGAAUGGUUCCCACACCACAGAUGUAUUCAGAAUAUCUCAAGAGACAAGAGCUCGUGUCUUCUCACGCGGUCGGCGGCCUAUACCGGCGGUAUACCAUGCAGGACUUCUUCCCCGACUGUUGUGUCAUCCCAGGGUCGGAUCAUUUCAAAGAGCCAGGUCUUUGGUGUGGUGCACCGAUGGCCGCCCUCAGACGUAUCUUCCAAAUCAUCGGUGACCGAAUUCCGGAAUCCCAACUGGACCAACUAUGGACGCUACACAAGCUCUACGCCCGAGAGGUCACCCACAUGAAGCUACAUGAUUCUACGCAACAAAGUGCAGAGCAGAUUGAAGGAGGACUGAGAGACAGCGGAACUCCCUCCAGUUCCCAAACCGUCGCACCUGUGCAUGCCAACUCAGGAAUAGUUCCUCCAAGAGGUUAUAACAAUGGGAAUAAUACUCCGAUACCCGAUGCUGGCGCGAGAGGCGCAAUGGCAAAGCUAGCGAGAUGUGAUUCGACACAGGUUGGCGACACACACACACACACACAAGCCCUGGGCUUCUGA